AUGGCAUCCCAGGCGCCCCCCGUGCCUCCUGGUCCCUCUGCACCUCCAGUGCUGGUACCCCCUGGUCCGGAGAGCCUGCGCCCCUUCACCCGAGAGUCCCUGGCCGCCAUUGAGCGGCGAGCAGAGGAGGAAGAAGCCCGGCGGCAACGCAACAAGCAUCUGGAGGUCGAGGAGCAGGAGCGUAAACCCCGGGGAGACCUGGAGGCUGGGAGAAACCUGCCGCUCAUCUAUGGGGACCCACCCCCUGAGACUAUCGGCACCCCUCUCGAGGACCUGGAUCCCUUCUACUGUGACAAGAAGACAUUCAUCGUGCUGAACAAGGGACGGGCUAUAUUCCGUUUCUCAGCAACCCCGGCCCUGUAUCUGCUCAGCCCCUUCAGCCUGAUCCGGAGAGGAGCCAUCCGUGUGCUUAUCCACUCGCUGUUCAGCCUUUUUAUCAUGAUCACCAUCCUGGCCAACUGUGUGUUCAUGACCUUGAGUGAUCCUCCAUCCUGGGCCAAGAUGGUGGAGUACACGUUCACGGGCAUCUACUCCUUUGAGUCCCUCAUCAAGAUGCUGGCCAGGGGCUUCUGCAUUGAUGAUUUCACUUUCCUGCGGGACCCUUGGAACUGGCUGGACUUCAGUGUCAUCAUGAUGGCGUACCUCACAGAGUUUGUGGACAUGGGGAACAUCUCUGCGCUGCGGACCUUCCGUGUGCUGCGGGCCCUGAAGACCAUCACUGUGAUUCCAGGGCUGAAGACCAUCGUCGGGGCCCUGAUCCAGUCCGUCAAGAAGCUGUCGGACGUCAUGAUCCUCACUGUGUUCUGCCUCAGCGUGUUUGCGCUUGUCGGUCUGCAGCUCUUCAUGGGGAACCUGCGCCAGAAAUGUGUGCGUUGGCCACCCCCCAUCAAUGAGACGCUGCAGUUCUACAGCCCCCUCUGGGCCAACGGGACUGGCUAUGACAACGGCACCGGCUAUGACGAUGGCGUCAUCUAUGACAAUGGCACCGGGUACCAAAACGAGUCAUGGUACAGCAACUACACCUUUGAUUGGGACUCCUACAUCAGUGAUGAAGGAAACUUCUACUUUCUGGAGGGAUCCAAUGAUGCCUUGCUCUGCGGAAACAGUAGCGAUGCUGGGCACUGCCCAGAGGGAUAUCUGUGCAUGAAGGCGGGGAGGAACCCCAACUACGGCUACACCAGCUACGACACCUUCAGCUGGGCCUUCCUGGCGCUCUUCCGCCUGAUGACGCAGGACUACUGGGAGAACCUCUUCCAGCUGACCCUGCGAGCCGCUGGGAAAACCUACAUGCUGUUCUUCGUGGUCAUCAUCUUCCUUGGCUCCUUCUACCUCAUCAAUCUGAUCCUGGCCGUGGUGGCCAUGGCCUAUGCGGAGCAGAAUGACGCCACCCUGCUGGAGGAGCAGGAGAAGGAGAAGGAAUAUCAGCAGCUCCUGGCCCAGCUAAAAAAACACCAGGAGGAGCAGGAGAAAUCACUGGGUGCCGAGGCCACCCUGGAGAAUGGAGAUGGAGAUCCGGCCCAGAGGAAAGACUGCAAUGGGGGGCUGGAACAGGAGGCGCCUGGUGCCCAGAAGCAGAGCAACAGCACCGACAGCGGCAUCUCUGACGCCAUGGAAGAGCUGGAAGAGGCCCACCAGAAGUGCCCACCCUGGUGGUACCGCUGUGCACACACCCUGCUGGUGUGGAACUGCUGUGGGCCUUGGGUGCGGCUGAAGGGGCUGGUGCGGCUCAUCGUCAUGGACCCCUUCGUGGACCUGGGUAUCACCAUUUGCAUCGUCCUCAACACCCUGUUCAUGGCCAUGGAGCACUACCCCAUGACCCCCCACUUUGAGAACGUGCUAAGCGUCGGCAACCUGGUGUUCACCGGGAUCUUCACAGCUGAGAUGGUCCUGAAGCUGGUGGCCCUGGACCCCUACGAGUACUUCCAGCAGGGCUGGAACGUCUUCGACAGCAUCAUCGUCACGCUCAGCCUGGUGGAGCUGGGCCUGGCCGACGUGCAGGGCCUCUCUGUGCUCCGCUCCUUCCGCCUGAUGCGCGUGUUCAAGCUGGCCAAGUCGUGGCCGACGCUGAACAUGUUGAUCAAGAUCAUCGGGAACUCGGUGGGGGCGCUGGGGAACCUGACGCUGGUGCUGGCCAUCAUCGUCUUCAUCUUUGCCGUGGUCGGCAUGCAGCUGUUUGGCAAGAGCUACAAGGAGUGCGUGUGCAAGAUCGCCGCCGACUGCAGCCUGCCGCGCUGGCACAUGCACGACUUCUUCCACUCUUUCCUCAUCGUCUUCCGCAUCUUGUGUGGCGAGUGGAUUGAGACCAUGUGGGACUGCAUGGAGGUGGCUGGCCAGGCCAUGUGCCUCACCGUCUUCCUCAUGGUCAUGGUCAUCGGCAACCUGGUGGUGCUGAACCUGUUCCUGGCACUGCUGCUGAGCUCGUUCAGCGCGGACAGCCUGGCGGCCUCCGACGACGACGGGGAGAUGAACAACCUGCAGAUCGCCAUCGGGCGCAUCACCCACGGCAUCGACCUGGCCAAGCAGGCCGUGCUCGGGCUCCUGCCCGGCCGGGGCUCCGCGGGCUCGGCGGGGCAGGACGUCCCUCCAGGGGACGGCGCGGGGGAUGGCGGAGGGGAUGGCGGGGGGGACCGGGAGCCGCCCGGGGGAGAGGAUGGGCCGCUAGACAAAGACGACCACGUCCUCAACCACGUGGGGCCGGAACCGGGGCCUGAAAGGACGGGCUGGCGGAACGAAGGGCCCGCCCGGUUGCCCGCCAACCUGAUACCAAUGGAUCCGCUGGGCCACCUCAACUUCAUCAACGACCCCCACCUGACCAUCCAGGUGCCCAUAGCCUCUGAGGAGUCUGACCUUGAUUUCCCCACGGAGGAGGAGACCGACACCCUGUCCGAACCCGAGGAGACACCAAAGCCCCCGCAGCCUCACCCCUGCGAUGGAAACUCCUCGGUUUGCAGCACCGCCGACUACCAUCCACCUCCCGAGGAGGAGGAGGAGGAGGCUGAGGAGAACCCGGAGGGAGAGCUGCCCGAGGAAUGCUUCACUGAGGCCUGUGUGAAACGGUUCCCCUUCCUGUACGUGGACGUGACCACUGAUCGUGGCCGGAUCUGGUGGAACCUGAGGAGGGCCUGCUUCAGGAUCGUCGAGCACAACUGGUUCGAGUCCUUCAUCGUCUUCAUGAUUCUGCUGAGCAGUGGUGCCCUGGCCUUCGAGGACAUCUACAUCGAACAACGCAAGGUGAUCCGCACCAUCCUAGAGUAUGCGGACAAGGUCUUCUCUUACGUCUUUGUCCUGGAGAUGCUGCUCAAGUGGGUGGCCUAUGGCUUCAAGGUCUAUUUCACCAACGCCUGGUGCUGGCUCGACUUCCUCAUUGUGGAUGUGUCCAUCAUCAGCCUUGUGGCCAACUGGUUGGGCUACUCUGAGCUGGGGGCCAUCAAGUCUCUGCGGACCCUGAGGGCCCUGCGGCCGCUGAGGGCGCUGUCCAGAUUUGAAGGCAUGAGGGUGGUGGUGAACGCGCUGCUGGGGGCCAUCCCGUCCAUCAUGAACGUGCUGUUGGUCUGCCUCAUCUUCUGGCUCAUCUUCAGCAUCAUGGGGGUCAACCUGUUUGCCGGCAAAUACUACCGCUGCAUUAACACCACCACCUCUGAAGUACUGCCCCUCAGCGUGGUCAACAACUACUCAGACUGCAUGCGGCUGCUGCCCACUGGGGAGGUGCGCUGGGUCAACGUCAAGGUCAACUUCGACAAUGUGGGCCUCGGCUACCUGUCCCUGCUGCAGGUGGCCACCUUCAAAGGCUGGAUGGACAUCAUGUAUGCCGCCGUGGACUCCCGCGAGAUCGAGGAACAGCCCGAGUAUGAGAUAAACCUCUACAUGUACAUCUACUUCGUCAUCUUCAUCAUCUUUGGGGCCUUUUUCACUCUCAACCUCUUCAUCGGCGUUAUCAUCGACAACUUCAACCAGCAGAAGAAGAAGUUUGGGGGGAAGGACAUCUUCAUGACGGAGGAGCAGAAGAAAUACUACAACGCCAUGAAGAAGCUCGGCUCCAAGAAACCCCAGAAGCCCAUUCCUCGGCCUCAGAACAAGAUUCAGGGGAUGGUGUAUGACUUUGUGACCAAGCAGGUGUUUGAUAUCACAAUCAUGGUGCUGAUCUGCCUCAACAUGGUCACCAUGAUGGUGGAGACAGAUGACCAGAGUCAGCUCAAAAUCGACAUCCUCUACAACAUCAACAUGGUCUUCAUCAUCAUCUUCACGGGCGAAUGCGUGCUCAAGAUGUUCGCGCUGCGGCAGUACUACUUUACUGUCGGCUGGAACAUCUUCGACUUUGUCGUGGUCAUCCUAUCAAUCGCGGGCCUAGCCCUCUCGGACCUGAUCCAGAAGUACUUUGUGUCACCCACGCUCUUCCGGGUGAUCCGCCUGGCGAGGAUUGGACGCGUGCUACGGCUGAUCCGUGGAGCCAAGGGCAUCCGGACGCUGCUGUUCGCCCUGAUGAUGUCACUGCCGGCCCUGUUCAACAUCGGUCUGCUGCUCUUCCUGGUCAUGUUCAUCUACUCCAUCUUCGGCAUGUCAAACUUCGGCUACGUCCGGCACGAGUCCGGAAUUGAUGACAUCUUCAACUUCGAGACCUUCGGCAACAGCAUGAUCUGCCUGUUCCAGAUCACCACUUCGGCCGGCUGGGACGGGCUCCUGAACCCCGUGCUCAACAGCGGCCCCCCGGACUGCGACCCCACUCUGGAGCACCCGGGCAGCCCCGUCCGGGGUGACUGCGGGAACCCCUCCAUGGGCAUCUGCUUCUUCUGCAGCUAUAUCAUCAUCUCCUUCCUGAUCGUGGUCAACAUGUACAUCGCCAUCAUCCUGGAGAACUUCGGUGUGGCCACGGAGGAGAGCACUGAGCCUCUGAGCGAGGACGACUUCGAGAUGUUCUAUGAGACCUGGGAGAAGUUCGACCCUGACGCCACCCAGUUCAUCACCUACGACCGCCUCUCUGACUUCGUGGACACGCUGCAGGAGCCACUGCGCUUGGCCAAGCCCAACCGGAUCAAGCUAGUCACGCUAGACCUGCCCAUGGUGCCCGGAGACAAAAUCCAUUGCCUGGACAUCCUGUUCGCCCUGACCAAGGAGGUGCUGGGCGACUCAGGAGAGAUGGACGCCCUGAAGCAGACCAUGGAGGAGAAGUUCAUGGCAGCCAACCCAUCCAAGGUGUCCUACGAACCCAUCACCACCACCCUGCGACGCAAACACGAGGAGGUGUGCGCCACCAAGAUCCAGCGGGCCUACCGCCGGCACCUGCUCAAACGCUCCGUCAAGCAGGCUUCCCACCUCUACCGGCAGCAGCAGGACGGGGCCGAGAACACCGAGGCCCCCGAGACCGAGGGACUCAUCGCCGACGCCAUGAGCAGGAUGUAUGGGCCCGGGGGACCCCCGGAGGAGCCUGCCCCUGGCCCCGCUGCUCCCCCUGUGGCAGAGGGACGGGGGGAGCGCAGGGGUCAUCUGGGGGUCAUGGAGUCCCUCGUCUGA